AUGCAGAAGUUCUCGAGGCUCGGCCGCGUCGGCCAGAGCCUUGCUUCGCGCAGGCAAUUGGCUACUGUCAGCGAUGCUCCGCUGUCCCGCAAGGUCGAAAUGACCAACUGGGAGAAGGGCCACUACAUCAACUACAAGAAGAUGAGCGAGAACCUGUCGAUUGUUCGUGGCCGCUUGAACCGACCGCUCACCUUCGCCGAGAAGAUUCUGUACUCCCAUUUGGACGAUCCCCACGGUCAAGACAUUGAGCGCGGCAAGAGCUACCUCAAGCUCCGCCCUGAUCGUGUAGCUUGCCAGGAUGCCACCGCUCAGAUGGCUAUUCUCCAAUUCAUGUCGGCUGGCAUGCCCUCGGUUGCCACUCCCACCACCGUCCACUGUGACCAUCUUAUCGAGGCUCAGAUUGGUGGAGCGAAGGAUUUGGCCCGCGCUCAGGACAUCAACAGGGAAGUCUACGACUUUUUGUCAACAUCCUGCGCCAAGUACAACAUCGGUUUCUGGAAGCCCGGCUCUGGUAUCAUUCACCAGAUCGUGCUUGAGAACUACGCUUUCCCUGGUGCUCUCCUCAUUGGUACCGACUCGCAUACUCCCAACGCUGGUGGUCUUGGUAUGGCUGCUAUUGGUGUUGGUGGUGCCGAUGCUGUCGAUGUCAUGGCUGGUCUUCCCUGGGAGUUGAAGGCUCCUAAGGUUAUUGGUGUCAAGCUCACUGGAAAGCUCUCUGGCUGGACUUCUCCUAAGGACAUUAUCCUCAAGGUCGCCGGUAUUCUCACCGUCAAGGGUGGAACUGGUGCUAUCGUUGAGUACCACGGUCCCGGAACCGAGAGCCUGUCCUGCACGGCUGAAAUCGGUGCCACCACUUCGGUUUUCCCCUUCAACGACCGCAUGUACGACUACCUCAACGCUACUAAACGCAGGUCCAUUGGCGACUUCUCCCGCGAGUACGCUCAGGAGCUCCGUGAGGACGAGGGUGCCGAGUACGAUGAGCUCAUUGAGAUCAACCUCGAUACUCUCGAGCCCCACAUCAACGGUCCCUUCACACCCGAUCUAGCUACUCCCAUCAGCAAGUUUAAGGAGGCUGUCAAGGCCAAUAAGUGGCCCGAAGAGCUCAAGGUCGGUCUUAUUGGCUCUUGCACCAACUCCUCGUACGAGGACAUGAGCCGCGCUGCUUCAAUUGCUCAGGAUGCCAUGGACCACGGCGUCAAGGCGAAGGCACUGUUCACUGUCACCCCCGGAUCUGGGGACGGACAGCUCAAGACUUUCGAGGAGUUCGGCGGUAUGGUUCUCGCCAACGCUUGCGGACCUUGCAUUGGGGACGUAAAGAAGGGGACUGCCAACUCGAUUAUCUCGUCCUACAACCGUAACUUCACCGGCCGCAACGAUGCCAACCCCGCCACCCACUCCUUCGUGACCUCCCCCGAUCUCGUUGUAGCCAUGACCAUCGCCGGUACACUUUCGUUCAACCCAUUGACCGACACCCUGAAGGACUCGAACGGCAAGGAAUUCAAGCUCAAGGAGCCCACGGGUGAGGGUCUCCCCGCCAACGGCUACGACCCAGGCCAGGACACCUACCAGCACCCUCCCGAGGACCGCUCAAACGUCAACGUUGCCGUGUCCCCCACUUCCGACCGUCUUCAGCUGCUCGAGCCAUUCGAGGCCUGGAACGGCAAGGACGCCACCGACCUGCCUAUCCUCAUUAAGUGCCAGGGCAAGACCACCACCGACCACAUCUCCAUGGCUGGUCCCUGGUUGAAGUACCGUGGACAUCUGGACAACAUCUCGAACAACAUGUUGAUCGGUGCCAUCAACGCCGAGAACGGCGAGGCUAAUAAGGUCAAGAAUGCGCUCAGCGGCGAGUACGGCGCCGUUCCUGAUGUUGCCCGUGACUACAAGAAGAACGGCAAGCCGUGGGUCGUUGUUGGUGACUGGAACUACGGCGAGGGCUCUUCCCGCACUUGGGAGGCAUGGCCCAUCAUCGUCCGAUCUUUCGCUCGUAUUCACGAGACCAACUUGAAGAAGCAGGGUAUGCUCCCUCUUACCUUCUCCGAACCCGCGGAUUACGACAAGAUCGGCCCCAACGACAAGGUCGACCUCAAGUGCACUGAGCUCGCUGUCGGCAAGCCCAUGACCCUUGUCGUCCACCCGGCCGACGGCAGCAAGUCUUUCGACAUCAAGCUCUCGCAUACCUUCAACGAGGGCCAGAUCGAGUGGUUCAAGAACGGUAGCGCUCUUAACACCAUGGCCAAGGCAGCAAAGCAGUAAGCGCAAUGGAGCGUAGAGAUGACAAACGCGAAAAAUACCAGGAAUGUAGAUACAGGAUGGAAUACCCCAGCACAUCUGAAGAGAGAGGAAAUGAAGCCACCAAGCUAUUGGGGAGGACAAGCACAGCGCAUAGGAGCUUGGACGAUUUGACACGAAUGUGGCAGCGGAAGCUCUCUUUAUGGGUAUCACUAGGGAUCAGAUGGGGUGUUUGUAUUUGUGAUGGAUUAGCAUGCAAUGUAUGACUUGAUUAUCUCUGAA